AUGAGCACAAUUCAGAGCCUGAAAAAUUUCAUACGUCAUGGGAAACAAGCCCGCCUUGUCACCCCCCAUGCAGAGCCCACGACCAACGUCUCUGCUGUCCACGCUGAACAACAGCGCCAGCCUCAGGGUCAAUUUUCCCCUGCUGCUGGGAAUUUAGACGCAAUUGACAGCAAGAUGGGGGGUGGUCAAUCCCAACGCGAUUCUCCCGAAGUCCCCGUUAAGAGGGCUCGCGAAGCCGAAAUCGAGCAGAUCAUCGCUGAAGAGAAGACGAAUCGCUCCAAGAUGCCGAACUAUCCGGGUUUGGAACGCUACGUCUUGCUUGAGAAAAUGGGAGAUGGUGCGUUUAGCAACGUCUAUCGGGCCAAGGAUACCACUGGCGAAUACGGCGAAGUCGCUAUUAAGGUGGUCCGAAAGUUUGAGAUGAACAGCACACAGUCAAACGCCCAUCUACAUCCCGACUUCAAAAAGAAGCCUAAAGCCGCCGAGCGAGCGAACAUCCUGAAAGAGGUCCAAAUUAUGCGCCAAAUCGAUCACCCCAACAUCGUAAAGCUAGUCCAAUUCUCUGAGUCCCGACAAUAUUACUACAUCGUCCUCGAGUUGUGCCCGGGCGGAGAACUUUUCCACCAGAUCGUUCGCUUGACAUACUUCAGUGAAGAACUCAGUCGCCAUGUUAUCGUGCAGGUCGCCAAAGCAAUUGAAUACCUACAUGAGACAUCAGGCGUUGUUCAUCGUGACAUUAAACCCGAGAAUCUCCUGUUCUAUCCUACCGAGUUCGUCCCCUCGAAGCAUCCGAAGCCACGUCAACCUGGCGACGAAGACAAGGUGGAUGAAGGCGAAUUCAUACCCGGCAAAGGCGCAGGUGGCAUUGGUGUUAUCAAGAUCGCCGACUUUGGUCUUUCCAAGGUCAUCUGGGACACUCAGACGAUGACGCCGUGUGGUACAGUUGGCUACACUGCUCCCGAGAUUGUCAAGGAUGAAAGAUACUCCAAGAGUGUGGACAUGUGGGCCAUGGGCUGCGUCCUUUAUACCCUCCUUUGCGGGUUCCCGCCUUUCUACGAUGAGAGUAUUCAAGUUCUUACGGAAAAGGUUGCCCGAGGACAGUACACUUUCUUAUCGCCAUGGUGGGACGACAUCUCAAAGUCAGCCAAGGACUUAAUCUCCCAUCUAUUGACAGUCGACCCCGAGGAGCGGUAUACUAUCAAACAAUUUUUGGCCCAUCCCUGGAUCCGAGGGUCCGAUGAGGAGACGCAAGCUGCCUCGGAUGCCCCGCCACUGACGACACCUGCACCACGCGAAAUUCGCAACCAGCCCCUCGACGCUAUUGCAGCCGAACUUGCACCACCAAGCGCUGGUGAACGUCCGAUGGAUUUCCGAUCCCCGGGUGCCAUCAACUUGCGUGAAGUGUUUGAUGUUGGUUACGCUGUCCACCGUCAAGAAGAAGAGGGCAAGCGCCGCAAAGCUGGUCGCGGUUUCCGGCAGUCCAACCCGACCGCCGCAUUCCAAUCGGCACUCAACCCGCUCAAUGAAGACUACGAUGAUGAGGAUGGAAUCGCGUACCAAACCAUCAACGAAGAAGGGCACCCGCCGGCUAAGAUGCAAAAGUCCAGUCAGCAGUCCGGCGAUGUUGCCGCAAUGGAGGCAAAGAUGCGACAAACCAACCUGGGCGCUACGAGCCAUGCGGCGCAGAUGCGGCAAUCGCACCAACCGCGUCAACAGCAGGGCUAUGGGCAACAUAGCGCUCAGGUCGCAGCCGCUGUCAAGCAAAACAUGGUCCGCAAUGCGCGAGCACCAUUCGAGCUCAGUCUAGACAAUGCCAGUCUGCUAGAGAAGCGCGGCAGAAGGCAUCAGGAACAGCCUGCCAUAUAG